AUGUUUCAGUUUACUAGACCAUUAAUAAAAACAUCUAUUUUACCAUUGAGGUUAUUGAGAUUCAGUUCAACCGAAGCUUAUACCAAUGCGCUGACCCACUUAAAGAAGGAUCUUAAGGCUGCUAUGCUUGCCAAAGAUGACACGAAGAAGACAACUAUACGAAGCAUGUUAUCAACAAUCAAAAACAAUGAGAUUGCCCAAAAUGGGAAGGAGGCCACGUUUUCAGAGUUCACGCUCUUUGAUACAUACUCCAAGAUGAUUAAAGAAAGCCAAGAAUCUAUAAAGGAAUUCCAAGAGAAUGAUAGAAAGGAUUUAAUGGAGAAGGAAAGCGCCGAGAUGGAGAUUGUUAAAAGUUAUCUGAGGCAAUUACCAGUAACCUCAGAAGAAGAAGUCGAUGUCAAAGUCUUUGAACUAUUGAAGAGCCUAAAAGAGAAUGAUAAGGACUUACAGAUUAAGAAUGUAUUUGGUAAGGUAAACUGGAGGGACCUAUCAAAUGAAUGGAAAACAUCUCCAACUGUUAUAAAACGUAGUAUCCUCAGACAAUUCAAGGAUGCUUUAUAG